UUCUCCAUCUCCACUGUUCUCUUGACAGCAUGGAUGGGGAGGAGGAUGAUUUGUCUCUGCUGACCGCACUGCUGGAGGAGAAUGAGUCGGCCUUGGACUGUAAUUCAGAAGAGAGUCAGUCCUUGACCCAGAAAGAUGGUGAACCUGAUGCAUUCGAUGAGCUCUUUGAUGCUGAUGGUGAUGGUGAAUCUUACACAGAGGAGGCUGAUGAGGGAGAAGUGGAAAAGGCUGAAGACCAAAAGGAGAAUUUGGAUGCUCUCUUUGGAGACAUGGAAGACUUAACAGAUGAGGAAGAAGCUCCUACAUCGCAAUCAACUAACAACAGGGCCCUCCCUGCUCCUGCUCCCAGUCAAGGGAAGACUCAUCAGGAAUUGCAAGAUGAAUUAAGGAAGGUGCAAGAGCAAAUGAAGUCCUUACAAGAACAGCUGAAACUAGCGACAAUUAAACAGCCUGCAAGUCCAGCCCGUCUGCAUAAAACCCCAGAUAAGUCUCCACGUCCCCCUCUUAAGGAGAAGAAAGUUCAGAGAAUUCAGGAGUCGUCGUGCUUUUCUGCGGAGCUUGACGUCCCUACUCUACCAAAACCCAAGCGGGUGGCUCGGACACCAAAGGUUUCACCUGCAGAGCCCCAAAGCUCAUCUUUCAGGAUGACAGGUGCACCCUCCCAACCACUCCGAACGACUCCUGGGAACAAGCCUGGUGGGAUGACGAGGGAUCAGAGUGCAGGGACUCCCAGGAGCUCUGGGGAAACAACUCAGACAGUCUCCGUGGAAGCCUUCUCCGGCCUGAGGCUCAGGAAGCCUCGAGUAUCCUCCACAGAAAUGAACAAGAAAAUGACUGGCCGAAGACUGAUCAGACUAUCUCAGCUCAAGGAAAAGAUGGCAAGUGAGAAGCUGGAAGAAAUAGACUGGGUGACAUUUGGGGUUAUAUUGAAGAAAAUCACUCCACAGAGUUCUAACAGUGGGAAAACAUUUAGCAUCUGGCGACUGAAUGAUCUUCGUGACCUGACGCGGUACGUGUCACUGUUCCUGUUUGGAGAGGUUCACAAAGAACUCUGGAAGACUGAACAGGGUACCGUCAUAGGGCUGCUCAACGCGAACCCCAUGAAGCCCAAGGAUGGUUCAGAGGACGUGUGCUUAUCUAUUGAUCAUCCUCAAAAGAUCUUAAUUAUGGGGGAAGCUCUUGACCUGGGAACCUGUAAAGCAAAGAAGAAGAAUGGAGAACCGUGUACACAGACUGUGAAUUUGAAUGACUGUGAAUACUGUCAGUAUCACAUCCAGGCCCAGUACAAGAAGCUCAGCGCCAGGCGAGCCGACCUGCAGUCCACCUUCUCCGGCGGCCGAAUUCCAAAGAAGUUUGCCCGCAAAGGCAUCAGCCUGAAAGAAAGGCUGUGCCAGGAUGGUUUUUACUACGGAGGAGUUUCUUCAGCCUCGUAUGCAGCCUCAAUUGCAGCUGCUGUCGCACCUAAAAAGAAGAUUCAAACCACUCUGACUAAUCUGGUGGUUAAGGGCGCAGACUUGAUCCUUCAGGAAACUCAACAAAAACUCGGAAUACCCCAGAAGAGCUUGUCUUGCUCUGAGGAGUUCAGGGAACUGAUGGACUUGCCUACAUCUGGAGCCAGAAACUUGAAACAUCAUUUAGCCAAAGUCAAGUCAUCAGGGAUCAUGGGGAGCCCGAAACCUGCUUUCCAGUCUAUCUCGGCGUCAGCCCUCUUGAAGCAACAGAAGCAGCAUAUGUUAGAGAUGCGGAAAAAGAAAUCAGAAGAAAUACAGAAACGAUUUCUCCAAAGUGCGAGUGAAGUUGAGAGCCCAGCUGUGCCCUCCUCUUCUCGGCAGCCCCCUUCUUGGUCUCCACCAACGGGGGCUGAGUUCCCCAAGCUGAAAGGAGCCCCAGCCAUACAGAUGCCAAAGCUUGGAAGAGACAUCUCAGAAGGAGAUGAUGUCCUCUUUUUUGAUGAGUCACCACCACCAAGACCAAAACUGAGUGUGUUAGCAGAAGCCAAAAAGUUGGCUGCUAUAACCAAAUUAAGGGCAAAAGGCCAGAUUCUUACAAAAACAGACCCAAACAGCAUUAAGAAGCUAAAGGAACCCCAGAAUGUCCUGGAAGUGAAGGAACGCGUAGAAAAGAACAACACAUUUUCUCCUCAAGCUGAGGAUGAAUUGGAGCCUGCCAGGAAAAAAAGGAGAGAACAGCUUGCCUACCUGGAAUCUGAGGAUUUUCAGACAAUUCUAAAAGCAAAAUCGAGGCACACGGGGAUCCUAAAAGAGGCCGAGGCUGAGCUGCAGGAACACUAUUUUGAGCCCCUGGUGAAAAAAGAACAAAUAGAAGAAAAGAUGAGAAACACCCGGGAAGUGAAAUGUCGAGUCGUGACGUGCAGGACGUGCGCUUACACCCACUUCAAGCCUCUGGAGACCUGCGUCAGCGAGCAGCACAGCUACCAGUGGCACGACGGUGUGAAGAGGUUUUUCAAGUGUCCCUGUGGAAACAGAAGUGUCUCCCUCGACAGGCUCCCCCAAAAGCACUGCAGUAAUUGUGGCCUCUUCAAGUGGGAACGGGACGGAAUGUUAAAGGAAAAGACAGGUCCAAAGAUAGGAGGAGAAACCCUGUUACCAAGAGGAGAAGAACAUUCCAAAUUCCUGAAUAGCCUUAAAUAGCCCCGACUUCAAACAGGUACCCACAGCCUACAUUGCUUCUUGUGGUUCUGGAAAAGCAAGAGUAUUGGCUCUGAA